GCUCUUUGUCCUUCAGUAACUUUUCCCCAACCAAGCUCCCCUCCGCCCCCCACCCGGUUAAGGGUCUACCUACUGUCCACUUCCAUGGCAGUGUAGUUAACUAGGCAGAUGCGGGCAAAACUGCACACAAAAGAAUCGAUACCCCAUCACUUGUGGGGCAGAAACAGCCCAUGGGACUAUGGACACGUAUAUAGAACCGGACUGUUUCUCUGUCAACCUGUUGUUUCUCAACGAAGAUCAGGCAAAGGGUGAAAUUAACCUGUCCAAACAAAACCAGCAAUGCGACCUUACUUUGCAGCUGAGCGGAGAGGUUGGGGAAAACGAGCUGACUGUUAAAGACGGUAAUGGCGUGUGCUUGUUUAAGUUUUCCAUCGGCAGGGAGACUGAAUGUUGCCGGGUGGGUAGCCAGUCCUUUGUCAUCACACUGGGCUAUGUCAGUGUUCUGCUGCAAUUCAAGACACGAGCUGAGUUCCAGGCCUUCCACAAAUUGCUGAAGAGGGAGAAUGACACCAAGAAGGAGGCGUCUGUUUUUGACCAGCGAACAGAUGAUUCUUCUGCCUUGCAGUAUUUCCAGUUUUAUGGCUGUCUGUCACAGCAACAGAACAUGCUCCAGGAUUAUCUGAGGACGGCCACGUACCAAAAGGCUAUCUUGGUGAAUGAAGUCGACUUCAAAGACAAGACAGUUUUAGAUGUUGGUUGUGGAUCAGGAAUCCUGUCAUUCUUCGCCAUUCAGGCUGGAGCUAAGAAGGUGUACGCAGUAGAGGCCAGCUCUGUGGCCAAAUGUGCUCAGAUUCUAGUUAAGAGCAACAACCUCUCUGACAAAAUCACAGUUUUGGCAGGGAAGAUUGAAGAAGUUUCCUUUCCAGAGGAUGUGGACAUCAUCAUUUCUGAGCCCAUUGGGUACAUGUUGAUCAACGAGCGGAUGCUGGAGAGCUACCUCCAUGCCAGAAAGUGGCUGAAACCCAAUGGAAAGAUGUUCCCGACCUUCAGUGACAUUCACUUGGCCCCCUUCACUGAUGAGCUGCUCUACAUGGAGCACCACGCCCGAUCCAGCUUUUGGCAUCAGACCUGUUUCUAUGGGAUUAACCUGAGCAGUCUUCAGAGUGCUGCAGCAGAUGAAUUCUUCAAACAGCCCAUCGUAGAUACGUUUGAUAUGCAGAUCCUCAUGGCAAAAUCUGUGAAAUACAACAUCAAUUUCCUUGAAGCUAAAGAGGAGGACCUGCACAGGAUGGAGAUACCCUUUGUCUUCCAGCUGCUCCAGUCUGGGCUGAUACAUGGACUGGCUGUCUGGUUUGAUGUGGCAUUUGUAGGGUCUAGGGUGACAGUGUGGCUGUCCACCUCUCCAAAUGAACCCUUGACCCACUGGUACCAGGUUCGCUGCCUACUUCAAACCCCACUCUAUGCCAAGGCAGGACAGACGCUGUCCGGGAAAGUCCUGCUUGUGGCAAACAAAAGACAGAGCUAUGAUAUUCACAUCACAGCUGUCGUGGAUCAGUCUGGUUUCAAGUCUGGCAACACUUUGGACCUGAAAAAUCCUUUCUUCAGGUAUGCCUAGGCCUAGUGGCUUGGCAGGAAGAACCCGAUGCUGACAGACUCCAUCAGUCUGGGGAAUGUGUCACUCGCCCAAGUUCAGGGAACCUUGAUGUCACUCGAAGAUCCUGUAGCUGUUUCCUUGUUAUUCAGUCUGCCUAUGGCCACCUUCAUUUAUCUCAGGUAUACCUGAGCGUAGCCAGGUGUGGUGACCCAGGAGAGUUUUACACUUAGCAGUCAGUGUGACUAAACCAUGUUGGUUGUGGGUUGAUAUAUUACUUUUGUGUUUCACAGUUGUGUGACACAAAUGUAUUAUUACAGUCAGCUCUUACACUAAAACAGACAUAUCAACCAAACAUGAACACAGUUUGCAAAAACAUCAUACAGUUUUAGCCUGCUUUUUAUCCAAUAAUGCCAUUUCAUACAUUGCCCAUUUUAAACUACAUAUUAUCUCUGUGUGCUUCCAAGAUAAGUUAAAGAUAUGCAGCUGUGCUAACCAAACAAUAAAACAAUCCAGAUAUAAAAUGCAUGUGGUAAGAUGUACUGCACAAUAAGGUCAGAGACUGUCAUUUAUACAACAAUGCAGAAUGAAUCCAAUGAGGCAUUUCCUGGCAUUGCAAGGCACAUCAUAUUAUACAAGUAUUAAAAAAAAAAAAAAAAACAUGAAAACCAGUCCACCAGCCUGAGCAUCUGACACUGAUAUGCUGCUUGCAUGAUAUCACCUCCGGAAAGUGCAGUCAUUUGAAAGAGCACAUGAAUGUGUAAUGUGUAAGCCUUUCCCCUUUUACUCAACUGCAUCUAUAAUUUCAUACGAUGAAUAUUAGUUCGGCUGACCACAGUAACUGAAGAACUCUAGCUGAAGUGCAGUAAAUAAUGCUAAUAUGAAUGAUUGUCAUUGGUAAUGUUGGUAUUUUAUAUAGACCUAUUUUUCCUGAAUCAUUUCAAUUCUUCAGCCUGUAACUUCCAUAUUUCUAUCUGAUAAAUUCAAGUUAACAGGGAGUGUAAAAGAAAUACAGCCAUUGUUAGGCACUACAGUGUUGUCAAAUUUUCAGACAUGCACAAAAUUUAUACUUGUUGACACAAUGAGUUCUGUUUGCUCUCUUUGUGCUGUCCAAAUUGUGAAAUCUAGGGGGGUAAAUACAAAAUGCCUUCUACAAAAGUAUUAAAGAGCAAAAAAAGAAAUUUUCAAGGAAGCACUCAAGUCUUGCAUCUCAACCAUGCUAGAGAGUGGGCAACAAAGUGGUGAGCAAUUGUCAUAUGUAACAAAUGUAAAAUAUAGAAGUAACAUUCUGUUUUUGUAAGAUCUUGUUUUUGUUGGCCAGUUUGCUGGUCACAGUGAUGGUUUGUUGCAAAUUACGGUGGUGGUUCAUUGAAAAUUACAGUGAAACUGUUUACCAAAAAUAUUAAUUUAAGCACUUAUUUUACCUUUGUCAAUAACAAAAAAAGAAUUGACCAAAAUUAGAAAAUCAUUCUAAGAAAAGAAGAAUAUUCAAUGAUGCAAAUGGAUUACGUACAAUGAAAAUUACU